UCAGGCCCAGAUAACACAGUAAGUGGCAUUUCAUUUCAUUUGGAGAAACAAAAUUAUCAUUCCAGAUAGAAACCGUUAUGGCUCCCAGCAAGACAGCGGCCAAACAGAAUUCAGGGACAUCCAUUACAAACAAGUACCAGAGAAUAGCAUGGAGAAGAAGACAGCUGAGUCUCAAGAAGCUGAGGGCCGAGAUGGAGGAGAUCAAACUGGAAAUGGAGAAGAUCAGGGCGGAGGUGGAUAUCAUUUCUCAGGGACAAAAGCAUCUAAAGGGCAAAAGAUCAAACGGAAAAGAGAAGGCAGACAUGGAAAAGCUUACGUACUCAACACCACACCGUGACACAAGGGAGCGAGGAACAAAGCAGGCUCAUGCCAAAAAGCGACAGAGGCAGGACAUCAAGCUCAACAAAAGGCUUAAGAAAAACAAGACGGCUCUGCUGAGGAUGGAAGCAAAAGCUGCAGAGGAAAGAGCGGAAACCAGCCACAUGAGAGAGGAAGCGGCAAAAAUGGUGGAAGCAAUGGAGGAGAAAGAAGCUGACCUGGAACUUUUGAGGAUGCUGCAUAACCAGCUUUUCAUUGACAUGCCUCACAUCUUAGAAGCAGAAGAGAGGGUCAUGGAGAUCCUACUAUCCUAGAGCAGAGGACAGAGAUAAUUGGAAGUUAAACCACCAGACUCUGCUUUAUCUUCUAAUACUAUUUCACUCCCUAAAUCCAUGUAAAUAUUUGCCACUACUGUAUGUUUCAAUAAUAGAACACAAUCUCUAGGUUCUGUUGGGCUUAGAAAAAAAGAAAAACUGCUUGGUUUUCUUCUUUACCUGUUUAUGCUAUUUGUUCUAAGUCUGCAUAAAUCUUUGUCUCUUCUGUUUGUGUUUAAUAACAUUUCAGUCUCUAGGUUUUGUUUGUCCAAAAAAGGAAGAAAGACCCUAGUCCCUGGUUUAUCUGUCUACAAAUAUUUCUCCUGUAUCUAGUCAAAGUUUUAUGUUUGUUGAGGGCUUUGAUAUUUCCCUGGGUAUGCCUGGGAGUAAGUGUAUAUAUGCUUUAUAGAACAAUGGAAAAGUUUGCCUUUCGAAAACAAAAAGUUUUAUGUUUGUCUGUGUUGAUAAGAAAUUUUAAUUUCUAGG